GGUUGUAAACUGACAGAGGAAUCCUGUGAGGCUUUAGCCUCUGCUGUGCAGCACAUGGUCUCCCUGACAGAACUGGACCUGAGUGACAAUCACAUAAACAUCACUGGAAUUCAUCUUUCGAGUGCACUGAAAGGUGACAUCAACUGUAUGCUGCAGAAAUUGAGACAUGCCCGUGGAGAACUGAGAAACUAUGCCUGUGAGCUCACACUGGACCCAAACACAGCACACAGACUUCUCUAUCUCUCUGAAGGGAACAGAAAGGUGACACGUGUGAGUGAGCAGCCGUAUCCUGACCACCCAGAGAGAUUUGACUCCUACUUUCAGGUGCUGUGCAGAGAGGGUCUGACUGGACGCUGCUACUGGGAGGCUGAGUGGAGUGGUGGUGGGGUUUAUAUAGCAGUGGCCUAUAAGAGCACCCCGAGGACACAGGGGAGUGAGGAGAGCAGCUGGUUUGGAUAUAAUGCCAAGUCCUGGAGUCUGGACUGCUCUGGUAUUAGUUACUCUGCCCUGCACAAUAGUAAGCGUACUGUCAUACCUGCCCCCUCCUCCAGCUCCAGCAGAGUAGGAGUGUACCUGGACUGGCCAGCAGGCACUCUGUCCUUCUACAGCGUCUCCUCUAACACACUCACCCACCUGCACACGUUCCACUCCACAUUCACUGAGCCCCUCUAUCCUGGGUUUUGGGUUUGGGAUUCUAACUCCUUAGUGUCCCUGUGUCAGAUCACAUGACCUCCUAAUCCUGCAGCAGAGGAGAGCAACACACAUGUUUACACACUCCUGUGUGUGUUUGUUUGUGUGUGUGCGUGUGUGUGUGUGUGUGUGUGCGUGUGUGUGUGUGUGUGUGUGUGUGUGUGUGUGUGUCCUCUCCUGUUCAUCUUCUGUGUUGCCUCCUCCCUCUGACUGUGUUUUCUACUCGGUCAGUUUCUCUUACUCUGUGUGUGUGUGUGUGUGUGUGUGUGUGUGUGUGUGUGUGUGUGUGUGUGUGUGUGUGUGUGUGUGUGUGCGCGCGUGUGUGUGUUUGUGUGUGGUGCUUGUUGCCCCUGCUCCCCUCCUGUGUGUGUGUGUGUGUGUGUGUGUGUGUGUGUGUGUAUGUGUGUGUGUGUGUGUGUUUGCUCCUCCUCUUGCCUCCUCUCUGUACCAGUCACUUCUCACUGUAUUCACUCUCUCUCUCACACACACACACACACUAACACACUCUCACACUGACUCUCUCUCUCUCUCACACACACACACACACACACACACACACACACACACACAGGGCACAGCCGUGGUGUACUGGUUAGGGCGGUUAAAUUGGGUUAAAUGCAGAGAAACGAAUUUCCCUCACGGGAUCAAUAAAGUAUAUAUUAUAUUCUAUUCUAUUCUACACACACUCACACACACACACACACACACACACACACACACACACACACACACACACACACACACACACACACACACGCUCACACUCAGUCACACAUACAGCCCCCCCCCCCAUCUCUGUCUCUCUCUCUCUCACACACACACACACACACACACACACACACACACACACUCACUCAGUCACACACACUGACUCACACUUACAAACACUCACACACAUACACACUCACUAACACUCUCUUUCUCAUUCUCUCUCUCUCUCUCAUUGUUUCUGCUUUCUCCAUUCCUUCCCAUGUGUAGCAUCAUACCUCCUUCUGUUUUCCUGGCUAUUUCUAUUUCCUUCCUGCACACACAUUUCUCUCUCCCUCUCUCUGUCGCUCCAUUUUAAUCCUGUAUUCUAUAUUUGAUCAUCUACAUGACAUAUGGUGAGCAUGUCGUAUCCAACUAGAGCAAACACACCAGACAACAAAUUCAUAUUGUGUGGUGAUCUAAGAAUAACAUUUGAACUUGAAAUUAGAGUGUUGUAUGUUAUCUGAAGAAUGGCUUUCCUCAGAGCUGAUACUUGAUAUUAGUAACAAUGGAGUUUGUUGCUGCAGAGACUUUUCUACAUUGAUAUACUUGAGGGAGAGAGAAGGAGGGGAGUCCCGUUCUUUUUAAUUAUAAAUUGUAUUUUUGAUUGUAAAUGAAAUAUGUUAUUGUUUAAAAUGAUGUAUUAACCUUGAUAUGUGUAUAUCCAUGAAGGCAAACAGGGUUUAAUUAAAAUACAUACAAAUUAAUUAAAAUAAAAUGUAAAAUGUGUGUUAU